AUGGGCAUAAAGGUGGAAGUGCUGGACCCCACACCAGAUUGCCCAGCAGCUGUUGUGGCCAGGCAGACGCUUGGCAGCUUCAGGGAUCCUGUGAAGAUCAGGGAGUUUGCAGAGGGAGUGGAUGUGCUCACAGUGGAGAUCGAGCACAUUGACGCAGAUGCUCUGGACAGCGUGGCUUCAGAGCUGGGCCUUGAUGUGGAGCCCACACCCUCCACCCUCAGACUCAUACAGGACAAGCUCGUGCAGAAGAGGCACUUCCAGAGCGCCGGAGUGCCGGUGGCGGACUUUCUUGGGAUUGAUGAUCCGGCAGCCGCGCAGGCCGCUGCACAAGCUUUCAGCUUCCCCUUCAUGCUGAAGGCUCGCAGGCUGGCGUACGAUGGCAGGGGGAACGCGGUGGUGCAGAGCAGGGAGGAGCUAGAGGGCGCAGUCGAGCAGCUGGGGGGGUAUGGCCAGGGGCUUUACGCCGAACGAUGGGCACCCUUCGUCAAGGAGCUGGCGGUGAUGGUGGGGCGCAGCAGGGAGGGCAGCACGAGGGCGUUCCCUGUCGUAGAGACCGUGCACAGGAACAGCAUCCUGCUGGUCACAGAGGCGCCCGCGCAGGUUUCACCAGAUGUGCAGCGACGCGCUCAGGAAGUCGCGGAGCAAGCUGUUGCCUGCCUUGACGGCGCGGGCGUGUUUGGGGUGGAGAUGUUUCUGCUGGAGGACGGCGGCCUGCUGCUGAACGAGGUGGCGCCGCGGCCGCACAACAGCGGCCACUACACUAUUGAGGCAUGCGCCACCAGCCAGUAUGAGCAGCACCUGCGUGCAGUCAUGGGCUGGCCGCUCGGCGACACCAGCCUCGCCGUUGGCGCCUGCAUUAUGCUGAACAUUCUGGGGGAGGCUGAUGGAGAGGAGGGCAUUCAGAGGGCCCAUGAGGUUAUGGCACGCGCAUACCAGGUGCCGGGCGCGAGCGUGCACUGGUACGGCAAGGCUGAGGUGGCGCGCCAGCGCAAGGUGGGCCACGUCACCAUCGUGGCGCCCGACGCGGUCGAGGCGCGCAGCAGGCUCGCCGCCGUAGACCCCAACGCGGCCGCCGCCCUCGCCAGCACAUCAGGGAGGGAGGAGGGCGGGCAGCAGCCGCGCGUGGGCAUCAUAAUGGGCUCGGACUCGGACCUGCCCACAAUGCGCGCGGCGGCCGAGGUCCUGCGCGACUUCGGCAUCGCCGCGGAAGUCACCGUGGUCUCGGCACACCGCACGCCCGACCGCAUGCUGGAGUAUGCACGAUCCGCGCACUCGCGCGGCAUCAAGGUAAUCAUAGCCGGGGCGGGCGGCGCCGCGCAUCUGCCGGGGAUGGUAGCCGCGCUGACGCCGCUGCCGGUCAUCGGCGUCCCGGUGAAGCCGGCCGGCGCGCACCUCGACGGCCUCGACGCCCUCCUCUCCAUCGUGCAGAUGCCGCGGGGGGUCCCGGUGGCGACGGUGGCGAUAGGGAACGCUGCGAACGCUGGCCUGCUGGCGGCGCGCAUCCUGGCCGCUCACGAGCCGGCGCUGCUGCAGCGCAUGUUGGAGUACCAGGAAGGCAUGCGCACCACCGUGCUCGGCAAAGCGCAGCGCCUGGAGACCGUUGGCUGGGAGGAUUACUGA